AUGGAUAAUAAUUCCGAGAAAAUUGACUCGGGAAUUUGUUGGAAUUUUCGGAGGUGCCCGUCAAAAGUCUUUGCCCACCUUGGCGGGCAGGGGUUUCUAAGCUAUUCCCAAUUUGAGCCAUCCUCCGAAAGCUCUGGCUCUGGCUUCCUAAGCCGCCUACCCUCCUUAUACUCGUUGCCGCCUUUCAGCUCAAUAAUCUGUUUAAUAUGA